GUCGUCAUCAGGAGGCGUCGGUGCCUGCCGCAGUUUCUUCGCGGUGUGGACGCAAGCGUGUUUGCAUUGUAACUGCGCGCCAGGGGUCGGCAGAGGAGUGGUUGUCGCUGAGGCCAUUGCUGCGAAGACCUUUCUCCGUCAUAUAACCCCCAGAAAGAGAAGGAGAAGAGAAGCCGUUUCUGCGCGGGAAAGGAAGCGCCGCCCGGGAGAGGAGAGCGGGGAGCGGAGGCAGGCAAGGACCAGAGAUCAUCAUGAGUCAAUUCAGUUUUGGUGCAUCCGGACCUGCUGGAACAGGCUUCAGCUUUGGCACUCCAAAAACUGUAGCCAGCACGGCACCUACAGGGUUUUCCUUCUCUUCAACCACUUCAGGGGGAGGCUUCAGUUUUGGGACACCAGGUCAGAACCCUGCAAGCACCCAGCCUACAGGCCUGUUCUCCUUUGCUACCCCAACAACACCAGCACAGACCUCUGGAUUCAGCUUUGGCACACCUGCCACAUCAGCACCAGCUCCUGCUGGAAAUGUGUUCACACUGGGGGGAAAUGCCCCCAAGCUGAACUUGAGUAGCACCAGCACAACGCAAGCGCCUGGCAUUACUGCGAGCCUUGGACUUGGCAGUGGACUGGGCAGCUCGGUACCAAGCAGCAUGCCAGUCAGCCAGGCUGUGGCUCCUUCAGGCUUUGUGUUUGGCUCCACUGCUGCCUCCCAGCCUGCCACAACUGGAGGUUUCAGUUUUGGAAGUGUGGGGACAACGCAGGCGGGAGCUCCUAACUUCAGCCUUGGCUCAGUGGGGAACACAACACAGCCAGCAGCGUCCACGACGGGGUUGACGUUUGGUGUCCCUCCAGCCACAGCCAACACCGCUACAACGACAGCAGCCACAUCGCAGCCAGCAACAGCUUUUGGGCUUGGAAUGCAGUCCACAGGUCCAGGCUUUGGGCUAUUGCCUUCAGCAGCCACCACCUCUGCCUCCGCAGGAACACUGAGCCAGGCACAAGCCUUGUCCUUUGGCGCUAAACCUGGAGGCACCUCUGCAGCCCCUGCCACCACGACUGUGACUUCCCUCCUGGGCCUGUCUGCACCGGCGCUGUUUCCUUCCAUAGGGAGCUCUUCUGUGCCAGCUUCCUCUUCAGCGACCACCCUUUUGCUUGGUGCCACUUCAACAGGGACAGCCCCGGCUGGGACUUUGGGGUUUGGCCCAAAAGCACCUGGAAUGGUGGCGGCAGCGGUGGCGGCAGGAGCCCCCGCCACAACCAGUAUCACUUCUGCCCCCAGUACAGGAUUCAUGUUAAACCUGAAACCACUGGCCACGACUGGUACUGUGGCUUCCACGUCAACUGUGACCACCACAGCAGUCACGGCCCCCCCAGUGAUGACCUAUACCCAGCUGGAGAGCCUGAUUAAUAAGUGGAGCCUGGAGCUGGAGGACCAAGAGAAGCACUUCCUUCAGCAGGCCACCCAAGUCAACGCCUGGGACAGGACGCUGAUUGAGAAUGGGGAGAAGAUCACGUCUCUGCACAGGGAAGUGGAGAAAGUGAAGCUGGAUCAGAAGAGGUUGGACCAAGAACUGGAUUUUAUUUUGUCCCAGCAAAAGGAGCUGGAAGACUUGCUGAUUCCCCUGGAAGAAUCUGUGAAGGAGCAGAGUGGGACCAUCUACUUGCAGCAUGCAGAUGAGGAGCGGGAGAAGACGUACAAGCUGGCUGAGAACAUUGAUGCUCAGCUGAAGCGCAUGGCACAAGAUCUGAAGGAUAUCAUUGAGCACCUGAACACCUCUGGAGGCCCUGCUGAUACAAGUGACCCUCUUCAGCAGAUCUGCAAAAUUCUGAAUGCGCACAUGGACUCUCUCCAGUGGAUUGAUCAGAACUCAGCACUGCUGCAGAGGAAAGUGGAGGAAGUGACAAAGGUUUGUGAAAGCCGUCGCAAAGAACAAGAGCGCAGCUUCCGCAUUACAUUUGACUGAAGCAGACUCCGUCUCUGGAAAAAAUGCACUGAAAGGUGCAGGUGUUUGCUAGCAGAUGAAUUGUGAUGCUUCCUUUCGUGUGGUAUAAUAAAGGUCUUUUCUAGCCAGAGCUGUGUUCGCAGAGGGCAUGCGCCU